CGAGCAUGAGAUCUCAGCAUAAGCUUACAGCCCUUAUGGUGCUGUGCUGUGCCCUCGGGCCAGCAUUCACCGCCUCGAUAACCAAACGAGAGGCACCUCUUCCUGGUGGUAGCUAUCUGCCGCCAUCGAGUGGUGGAGGUGCCGGUGGCUAUCCAGCUGCUGGUCCACCGAGCGGAAGUUACGGCCCACCAAGCAGCGGAGGAGGUGCUGGCGGUUAUCCAUCGGGUGCUGGCGGUGCUCCAUCCCAGCAAUAUGGUGCUCCAUCUCAGGGAGGAAGCUUCGGUGGACAGUCUCCGUCGCAGCAAUACGGUGCUCCAUCAGCUCCAUCCCAGCAGUACGGUGCUCCUUCUAGCGGAAGCGGAUUCGGAGGCCGUCCUCAGGCUCCAUCUCAACAAUACGGUGCUCCAAGCCACGGCAACGGAAAUGGUCACGGUUCCAGCGGACACGGUGCUUCUCGCCCAUCUCAGCAGUACGGAGCUCCAUCCCAGCAUUUUGGUGCCCCAAGCAAUGGACACGGUUCUAACGGUGGUUCUCGUCCGCAAGCUCCUUCUCAGCAGUACGGUGCUCCCUCAGGCGGUGCUCCAUCCCAGCAAUACGGUGCUCCUUCGGCCAGUGCUCCAUCUCAACAAUACGGUGCCCCAUCCCAGCAGUACGGUGCUCCAAGCGGCGGUAGUGCUUCUCGUGCUCCAUCUCAACAAUACGGAGCUCCAUCCGGUGGUGCCCCAUCUCAGCAAUACGGUGCUCCAUCAUCUGGAUCCCGCCCACAAACUCCAUCUCAGCAAUACGGAGCUCCAUCCGGUGGUGCCCCAUCUCAGCAAUACGGUGCUCCAUCAUCUGGAUCCCGCCCACAAACUCCAUCUCAGCAAUACGGAGCUCCAUCCGGUGGUGCUCCAUCCCAGCAAUACGGUGCUCCAUCUAGCAGUGCCCCAUCUCAACAAUACGGUGCCCCAUCUAGCAGUGCUCCAUCUCAGCAAUACGGUGCACCAUCUCAGCAAUAUGGCGCCCCAAGCGGUGGUAACGGACGUGGCUCUAACGGAGGUUCUCGCCCACAAGCUCCAUCUCAGCAAUAUGGUGUACCAUCUCAGCAGUACGGAGCUCCAAGUGCUGGAUCUCGUCCUCAGACCCCAUCUCAGCAGUACGGAGCCCCAGGAGCUGGAUCUCGUCCUCAGGCCCCAUCCCAACAAUAUGGUGCUCCUUCUGCUGGUGCCCCAUCCCAACAAUAUGGAGCUCCUUCCGGUGGUUCCCCAUCUUCACAAUACGGUGCCCCAUCCGCUAGUGCCCCAUCUUCGCAAUACGGUGCCCCAUCUGCUGGCGCUCCAUCCCAACAAUAUGGUGCCCCAUCUGCUCCAUCGCCACAAUACGGUGCCCCUUCCACUCCAUCUCAGCAAUAUGGUGCCCCAUCUCAACAGUACGGUGCACCUUCCGCCACAUCGCGUCAAUCUGGACCCCCAUCCACUAGCUACGGAGUUCCUGCUGGCCCAACAAGCGGAAACGUUGGACGUCCAUCAAGCCAAUAUGGUGCUCCAGCGCAAGGUGGAAGCAGUGGAUUCGGAGGACGCCCAAGCCAACAGUACGGUGCCCCAUCGGCCAGUGCUCCAUCUCAACAAUAUGGCGCUCCUUCUGCCGCUGCCCCAUCUCAGCAAUACGGUGCACCAUCUACUGCUGUAGGCCGACCAUCUAGCCAAUACGGAGCUCCAGCGCAGGGUGGAAGCAGUGGAUUCGGAGGUCGUCCAAGCCAACAAUACGGCGCCCCAGCUCAAGGAUCAAGCGGAGGUUUCGGAAGCCGCCCAAGCCAACAAUAUGGUGCCCCAUCUCAGGGAGCUAGCGGAAGCAGUUUCAGUGGACGUCCAUCUCAACAAUAUGGAGCCCCAUCAGCUGGUGCCCCAUCCCAGCAAUACGGAGCCCCAUCUGCCCCAUCUCAGCAGUACGGAGCCCCAUCUCGCGGAAGCGCUCCUUCUCAACAAUACGGUGCCCCAUCUGCUCCAUCUCAACAGUACGGAGCUCCAAGUGGUGGAAACGGACAUGGCAGCAGCGGACACCAGGCUAGCGCCUCAUUCGGAAGCGGAUUCUCUCAAGCUUCGGCUAGCAGCCACUCCUCGAAUGGCAAUGGCGGAUAUGCUGCCAACGGAGGCUACAGCUCCGGUGGACCACAGUCAUCCGUCCCAGCUACCCUCCCACAGUCAUACACUCAAACCGGAGGCUACAACUACUAAGCACUGACCAAACACUGAGACUCAGACAACGAGACGCGCCCUGAUUGUAAAUGUGCCUUAAACGAUAUAAUUUAUGUUUUUCGUUACCUUACGUUCCAAAUCAAGCUAAAUUGAACAAUUACCCAUUUGAUUACUUCAGAAAACUCACUUAACAUCACCACAAAAUACUCUCAAAUGAUCUGAGCAGACCGAGCUAUCAACGAAACUGUGAAAAUUCGAAACGGAACUAUGUUUUAACUGUUUAUGGUUAAUUAAUUUAAAUUAUUCUAAUAUUAUAGCUUAAUUUAAUGUUUUUGUAUGCUAGGAAUGACAAAAAAUAAUUUGUUUUGAAAAAGAUUGAGUGGAAAGCAGAAGCUUUGCCAACAGGAAUAAGAAGAAGAAAAAUCAACGAACAACGUGCGGUACGAAUGUUGAAAGCGAGAUUUCAUCCAAGCAGGCUAGCCUACAUAAUUUGUACUGACUAAAUAGCAAGCGGCGAACAUACUCUCUUUUGAACAGCGUUACCCAAACGAACUCAUGACACACAUACUGGAUGUUGUAUGUGCGCGCGCAAAAAUACGUAAUGCAUUUUCCUCAUUCAUACCAUUGCAAUCACUAAGGCAGACGCAAUUUAGAAUUUUGUCCAAAAUUUUGGAUUAGUUUUCACCUUGAAAAUUGUUUCACAAAGUUGGAUAACGUUUGCCAGCAGACAUGAAGAGGUACGACGAACUUGUGAAAAUAAAAAUGAAGCAUUUGCGGUCAUCAUUUUCCUCCAGAAA